GACUACCUCUCCCAGCCCCGGCUCACAUAUAAAACUGUAUCGGGAGUUAAUGGUCCACUGGUAAUAUUGGAUCAAGUGAAGUUUCCUCGGUAUGCAGAAAUUGUACAUUUGACGCUUCCUGAUGGGACCAAGAGAAGCGGACAGGUUCUAGAAGUCAGCGGCACAAAAGCUGUUGUUCAAGUAUUUGAAGGAACUUCAGGUAUUGACGCUAAGAAAACAUCUUGUGAGUUUACUGGAGAUAUUCUCCGAACCCCAGUAUCUGAAGAUAUGCUCGGUCGUGUAUUUAAUGGAUCAGGAAAACCUAUUGACAGAGGCCCCAUGGUCUUGGCUGAAGACUACCUUGACAUCAUGGGUCAACCAAUCAAUCCCCAGUGUCGAAUCUACCCGGAAGAGAUGAUUCAGACUGGCAUUUCUGCUAUAGAUGGCAUGAACAGUAUUGCCAGAGGACAGAAAAUUCCCAUAUUCUCUGCUGCAGGCUUGCCCCAUAAUGAGAUUGCAGCUCAGAUAUGUCGCCAGGCUGGUUUGGUGAAGAAAUCCAAAGAUGUGAUGGACUACAGUGAAGAUAACUUUGCUAUUGUGUUUGCUGCUAUGGGUGUAAACAUGGAAACAGCUCGAUUCUUCAAAUCAGACUUUGAGGAAAAUGGGUCCAUGGACAACGUGUGUCUCUUCCUGAAUUUGGCCAAUGAUCCAACCAUCGAGCGUAUUAUCACACCUCGUCUAGCCCUGACCACAGCAGAGUUCCUGGCAUACCAGUGUGAGAAGCACGUAUUGGUCAUUCUGACAGACAUGAGCUCCUAUGCUGAAGCCCUGCGAGAGGUGUCCGCAGCUAGAGAGGAAGUACCUGGUCGCCGUGGCUUCCCAGGUUACAUGUACACUGACUUGGCCACCAUAUAUGAGCGUGCUGGGCGUGUGGAAGGCAGGAAUGGCUCCAUUACUCAAAUUCCUAUCCUUACCAUGCCUAAUGAUGAUAUUACUCAUCCUAUUCCUGACUUGACUGGAUACAUUACUGAGGGACAGAUUUACGUGGACAGGCAGCUGCACAACAGACAGAUUUACCCACCCAUCAAUGUGUUGCCCUCCUUAUCUCGACUGAUGAAGUCUGCUAUUGGAGAAGGCAUGACCAGGAAAGAUCAUGCAGAUGUGUCCAACCAGCUGUAUGCUUGCUAUGCUAUUGGAAAGGAUGUGCAAGCAAUGAAGGCUGUAGUUGGUGAGGAAGCUCUUACUUCAGAUGAUCUUCUCUAUCUGGAGUUUCUGCAGAAGUUUGAAAAGAACUUUAUUGCUCAGGGUCCUUAUGAAAAUCGCACUGUUUACGAGACUUUAGACAUUGGCUGGCAGCUGCUGCGUAUUUUCCCCAAGGAGAUGCUGAAGAGGAUCCCGCAGACUACCCUGACUGAGUUCUACCCUCGAGACUCGACUGCGAAGCACUAGCUGCGACUUCAUCUCUUGCUCCGUACUCUGUGAAAUGCUGUUCGUUUUCUUCAUGUGUUGGUAUUUACUUGUCACCCCAUCAUUAAAACCAGAAAAAGUGACACCUGU